GCUAAAACGUGUGACUCUACCUCCACGAUUGACGUGUGCACACCGUCCCGUCCGUUCACCUCUCGCUUGUGCAUUCGUUUCUUGGGUAUAAAAUCCCACAAUUGAUUUUUUGCUGUUUUUGUUUUGCCUUCAAAUGCAUAGUUAAACAAGAUGAAAGCUCAGGCUGAGAGGAGCGCCGGCAACGGCGAGGUCGCGAGUUGCGUGUCGAACCUCAUACAUGCCUUUACAGAUGGAUUGAAUGUUUUCAAGCGAUUGCGGGAACGGCGCAGGAAGAGGAAGAGCAAGCAUAGAGAAAGGGAGUCGAGCGCUCCAUUCGAACCGGAGCUGCAAUUGAGCAACUCUCUGAGGAAGGGUCCUGUGGAGCUGCGGGAGAAAUAUGAGAGCUGCUACGGCGAUAAAGGCGAGAAGUUUGCGAAAGGUGAUGCAAUUGCACAUGCAUCACUCGUGGAGACCCUGAUCAAGUUCAAUACUGGCCUAGUGAGGAUUAUUGCGACCUUUCUGCACCAGGACUCCAAGAGCAGUGAUCUGCAGCUGGACUACAAGUCACUGACCAGUCUAUCCGAUAUCUCCAGACGAGAGGCAGUCGACAGUUUGAACUCACUGUAUCAGCGGCUGAGUCAGUCGCAAUUGCAACUGCACCGAAGGUCAGAGUCGAGGGGCGACCCCGAGAAGAAGAAGCGCAGCAGCUCGCGGCAGCGCUCACAGGGCCCGACAGUGACGCGCGUGUCAGUCAAGACCAUCGGAACCACUGGGAGUUCAAAGCAAACGCAGCUAGCCAUGGUGCGACCAAGAAAUGCCCGCAAAGGGUCGAUGAGCAGUUCCAGCGGUUCAUCGAAAGCACCAUCUACGAACGUGAGCUCGCCGUACACGACGCCUCCAAGAUCGCCACCGCUGCCGGAGUACUCGCCCAACGAUCCCUUUCCGCCUCCAAAAGCUCCAGCAACCAAAGGCAACAGCACCGCGCCCAAGAAGCCGGCGCUCUCGAUUGACACCGGACGGCCAACAACAUGGCCGCAACCCAAAGCCACCAAAGCCGCGGCAUUCACCAACUCGUUGCCAACACCUCCGGAAUACUUUGCGAUGAAAAGCCUGCCGCCUCACCUGCCGUUGCCGUUCUCCAAUGCGACCCACAACAUCCCUAGGCGACGCGCCGACAAGCCUACACCGUCGACCUAUACAUUUGCUUCCGACAGCACCAAGCUAGGCGAGAUACCGCAGCGCAACUGGACGGUGCCAUUCAAUUACGAGGAGGCAGAGCGUUUGAAUGCCGAAGCUGCUGUGAAGGGGCAUCCGGUCACGAGAGCUCCUGCUGACCAAAAGGCCAAGACGAGGAAGGGGCUGAGGAGUCUGUUCAAGAAGGGGCAGGCUGCUUGAGGAGGUGGAAGUAAUCUUAUCUUGUUUUCGGUAUUACGGGUAUGGGUGUAUAUUUGCUUCACGACGACGACGAGACGACGAUUGACGACUUUCUUUCUCUAGCGAGCAUAUACCCUUCUUUUACAGCGAGCAUGGAGUUUGGGUUUCGUAUUGAUUGGAUUUCAUUAGUUGUUUACCGGUUGCCCUGUAUUUACUGUUUAUCGUAGUGUUUAUGAGUACUAGCGUGAUCAUCAUCAAGUCAAC